CAGAAGAAAGUGCAAACAUUUGUUCGACCUGAAAAUCUUCAAAUACGCAUCAAAUGCAAAAAUAAAUUCAGAGAAUCGAAGGUGAGAUCAGAGAUAAAUUUAACACCAAACUGAGGUGAGAAAACAGACUGAGGCCAUUUUGAGAAACUGACUUCAUACUUACCACAGGAAGCAGAGGCUGUGUUAGUGUUUAAGAAGCAGCACAUCAGAGACUUUGACAGUUGAAAGUCUGAGACAAAGACAGAAGCACGAUGGUUGAACUCAGGUGGAUUAUGGUUGCUUUAUUUCUGAUGCUGGUGUUCAGUUUGACAGCCGUAACUGAGAAGCAUUCCUUCGACGCUGUCAGAGUUGGAGAUGAAGUCACUCUGUCUUGUGAAAAUGCGAAACGUGAUCAGGAGAAGUGUGACAACACCACCUGGCUCUUCACUGAUCCAACAAAUGUAAUGACGCUGUUUGAAUAUGGGCGGAUUCACAAAGAAGCCGGAGCCAAAUCAGACAGACUGAGUGUUACGGAGAGCUGUUCUCUGGUUCUGAAGAAGGUCACAGUGGAGGACGGUGGUCUCUACACCUGCAGACACUUUCAAUCAGGGGUAAAACCAGGUCCAGACACUAAUGUUGACCUGUCUGUUAUCACCAUGACUGAGCAUGAGGACGGUGAGAAGGUGACGCUGUCCUGCUCUGGGUUUUCCCGUGGACAAUGCAACCACAGAAUGAAGUGGCUGUAUGAGGGUAAAUAUGUCCCUGAAGGUCAAGACAUGGAGACCACACAGCUUAGGUGCUCAGCUGCUGUGACAUUUCAUGCCGCUGACCUCAAGAUGUCAAAGCAUCCUGACGUAUUCACAUGUGAAGUGACCGAGGUUUCCAACGGAAAGGUGCAGCGGUUUACCUUCAGCCGUCAGUCCUCAGGAGAGGUAACGGGUGAUGAAAAAACAGCAGCAGCUACAUCGUCCCCGAUGACAAAUGAAUCACUGUCAACAGGAAAUGAGUGGACGUCGGUGAAGAUGAGCACAUCGUUCAGGACGAACUCAACCGCAUCUGCAAACCACAGCGAUGGAGUGAAACAGGAAGGCUGGUACCUGUUCAUCGUUGUGUCUGUGGGUUUAGCAGUGUUCUUGAUGAUCCUCGCGGCUGUCGUCAGAAAGAAGAGAGCUGAAGGGAACAAACUGCCGACUGAUGAACACAUGGCUGAAGAUGGUGUUCUCUACGCCAACUUACCCUACGCCAGGAACACCAACCGUCGACAGGUUUGGGGUGACGAUGGUCAUGAAGUUGACGCCGCCACCUACAGCACAGGGAGAGCUUCCUCCUUGUCUCGCGCAGCCUCCACCGUGCCCUGUGACUCCUACGCCUCGGUCAACAAACCAAAAAAAAAAAAAGAGGUCAGCUAAGAAACGCAACAUCUAACGUGACGGAUUGAGAAUUUGAUUAUGUUAUCUCUCUUCUCGGCUUAACAAAGUGAGAAUAACAGCUGCCAAAAUGUGUGCCAAAAGCUUACCCAAGAUUCUUUCACUGCAAAUUAAAGCUGCAAACAGGAACCAAUGACUGAUCAACCACCGACACGCCGCUGUGUCCUAUCACAUGGCAGUUGGUCGGUCAUGUUUUAACAUGACAUGUACAACUUUCUGUCAGUACUUUCCUUCAGGCAGUCGAUUUCACAUGUCGAAUAAAUUCCACACCGUUUCUCUUAAUUUGCUUCACUGCUGUAAGUAGAUUUUUGCUUUACAUCGCAGCUGCUUGUUUGAGUUUAAAAGGAACACGUCAUCCAAAAAAAUGGCAAAUCCAGUCGUUACAUACUCACCCUUGCGCCAUUGUAAAGUGAGAUGAAAUUUCAUAGAACAUCAAACAUUUCAGGAGCUUCACAGCCAUACAGAGCUGCAGCAUUGUCCUAAACUGAAGCAGAUGGGGACUUGUUUUAAAACAGAGAAAAAUUAAAUAAAAUGGCAAUGCAAAUGUCUUUAGAAGUCACUUUGGGAUCUCCAGACUUCUAGACACUAGGAUUACGUCAGAUAAUGUCAUUUUUACAUUUUGAAACAAGUCCCCAUCUGCUUAAGUUAUUCAGAGGAGCGCUGCAAUGCUGUUUUGCUGUGAAGCACCGGAAAUAUUUGGUGGACUACGAAACUUCACCUGACUUUCCAUCAACACGAGGAUGAGUACAUGAUGACUGAACUUCUUAUUUUUUGUGAACUGUUCCUUUAAGAUUUAAGGUUUUUCUUUAAGGUGCAGAUAUUUUUGCCUCGCUUUUGUUCCUUGUUUCUACAGAAGGAUCUAUUUUUGAUUUAUGUCAAUUUAUGCAUUUUGGACUUUGAGCUUUAACAAACAAUCUUUUCUUACUCAUGCACUCAUGCAAAUAAUAAAAAAAAAGACAUAUUCAGUUUUCAAGGUGUUUGUGUUUUUGUUUCGUGGUUCUGUCUCUCUCUCCCUCGGGUGCGGGCGCAGACAGGGUGGCAACAGAUGGAUGGUGUAAAAGUCUGUGUGAGAGAACAGCUGGUAGCUAGGGGGGCAGAUCUAGGCUGGUCCAGAUGGGGGGCAGAACGGGGCAGACGGGCAGGGUCCGGACCACAGGUGACAUAAAGGACACAGGAAACAGAUAUGUAACUAGGGUAGAAGGGAGGACUAUA